AUGAUAUUAACCGUGUUCUUGAGCAACAAUGAACAGAUUUUAACAGAAGUUCCUAUAACACCAGAGACAACAUGUCGAGACAUUGUGGAAUUUUGCAAGGAACCUGGAGAGGGUAGUUGCCAUUUAGCUGAAGUGUGGCGGGGCAAUGAACGCCCCAUACCCUUUGAUCAUAUGAUGUAUGAACAUCUUCAGAAGUGGGGGCCACGAAGAGAAGAAGUAAAAUUUUUCCUUCGACAUGAAGAUUCCCCAGCUGAAAGCAGUGAAGAAGGUGGCCGUCAGACUCAAGAGCAAAGAACUCAGAGAAAUGUCAUCAAUGUACCGGGAGAAAAACGCACUGAAAAUGGGGUUGGGAACCCACGUGUUGAACUUACACUCUCAGAGCUCCAAGAUAUGGCAGCUAGGCAACAGCAGCAAAUUGAAAACCAGCAACAAAUGUUGGUUGCCAAGGAACAGCGUUUACAUUUUCUGAAACAACAGGAGCGCCGUCAGCAGCAGUCUGUGUCUGAAAAUGAAAAACUUCAGAAAUUGAAAGAACGCGUGGAAGCCCAGGAGAGUAAACUGAGGAAAAUCCGUGCCAUGAGAGGGCAGGUGGACUACAGCAAAGUCGUGAAUGGCAACCUGUCUGCUGAAAUAGAAAGGUUUAGUGCCAUGUUCCAGGAGAAGAAGCAGGAGGUACAAACAGCUAUCCUCAGAGUUGAUCAGUUAAGUCAGCAGCUGGAAGAUCUAAAGAAAGGGAAGCUCAACGGGUUCCAGUCGUACAACGGCAGAUUGACGGGGCCGGCCGCCGCCGGGGAGUUGAAAAGACUCUACCAGGAGCUACAGAUUCGGAACCAGCUGAACCAGGAACAGAAUUCAAAGCUGCAGCAGCAGAAGGAGCUCCUGACCAAGCGGAGCAUGGAGGUGGCCAUGAUGGACAAGCGGAUCAGCGAGCUGCGCCAGCGUCUCUAUGGGAAAAAAAUUCAGCUGAGCCGCGUGAACGGCACGUCGUCACCACAGGCCUCCCUGAGCGCGUCAGGCCGAGUCGCUGCUGUUGGGCCUUACAUCCAGGUGCCCAAUGCUGGGAGCUUUCCAGUCCCGGGGGACCCCGUCAAGCCACAGUCCCUGAGCCUGGCCCCCAGCGCCACACAUGGACGAUCCAGAUCUGCUAAUGAUGGAAACUGGCCAACGCUGAAACCAAAUCCUAGCGCUUCCAUGAAGUCAGCACCAGUGGGCAGUGUGGACUGGAAGGACGUGGGCGUGGAGGGGCCUGUGAGGCAGGGCACCGUCUCAAGCCAGCCUCUACCCUUAGCAGCAUUAGGCACUGCGGAGAAACUGGGCAUUGACGUUGGUAAAGUGCCACCCCCCAUCCCAGGUCCAGGCAAGCCGCUGCCACCGACUUCCGGAGCCUUCCCAAGUCCUACACUGCUGGGCCCCGGGCCAACGGGUUCCCUAGAGAGGAGGAAAGAAGGCAGCCUGCCCAGGCCUGCUGCAGGCUUGCCGAGCCGGCAGAAACCCCCCCACCAGCCAGGGACCUCACAGCAGAUUCAGCAGAGGAUUUCUGUACCCCCGAGCCCCACACACACACCGCCAGGGCCACCUGCCUUUCCAACUGGGGACGGUCGGCCUGAGCUCCCCCUGACUGUGGCCAUCAGACCCUUCCUGGCUGACAAGGGCUCGAGGCCGCAGUCCCCCCGCAAGGGCCCCCAGACAGUGAAUUCCAGCUCCAUCUACUCCAUGUACCUGCAGCAAGCUGCCCCCCCCAAGAGCUACCAGCAGGCCGGGCACAGCGCUGCCAGCAAGUCUGUGAGAGCAGUGUACGGCAAGCCCGUCCUGCCCUCCGGCUCCACAUCGCCAUCCCCGCUCCCUUUCCUCCACGGGCCUCCGUCGAGUGGCACCGCACCCCUGCCAUCUGCCGAGUGCUCCGAGAGGGAGCUGGAGCAGGACAGCCCUGCGCCACCCGGGGACAGCAGCGUGGAGAACCUCCCGAGACCACUCAGUCCGACCAAGCUCACACCCAUCGUGCACUCGCCGCUGCGCUACCAGAGUGAUGCUGACCUAGAGGCGCUACGCAGGAAGCUGGCCAACGCACCACGACCCCUGAAGAAGCGCAGUUCCAUCACAGAGCCCGAGGGUCCCGGCGGUCCCAACAUUCAGAAGCUGCUAUACCAGCGCUUCAACACGCUGGCGGGCAGCAUGGAAGACACGCCCUUCUACCAACCCAGCACCCCACAGGACUUCAUGGGCACCUUAGCCGAUGUGGACAAUGGCAACGCCAACACCAACGGGAACCUGGAGGAGCCCGUCAGGCCCACGGCCCCACUGCCCCCCGAGCCGGCUCCAUCGUCAGAUGCCAAUGACAACGAGCUGCCCUCCCCCGAGCCUCUCAUCUGCCCCCCAACCACACCACACCCCUCAGAGCCUGCAGAGGAUGACAACAACAACGUGGCCACCGUCCCCCCCACAGAGCAGCUUCCGAGCCCCGUGGUCCAGGACCCCUCUCCAGGGGAGGAACCCGCCCCCCCGUCACUGCUGCCCUCUACUGUGCCCCCACUUGCAGCCUCAACAGGCAAACGCACCAACCUGAAGAAGCCCAACUCGGCGCGGACCGGGCACAGCCUGCGAGUCAGGUUCAACCCGCUGGCGCUGCUCCUGGACGCGUCUCUGGAAGGGGAAUUUGACCUGGUGCAGAGGGUCAUCUACGAGGUGGAAGACCCCAGCAAGCCCAACGACGAAGGGAUCACCCCGCUGCACAACGCAGUCUGUGCCGGCCACCACCACAUCGUAAAGUUCCUGCUGGACUUUGGGGUCAAUGUGAACGCAGCUGACAGUGACGGAUGGACCCCACUACACUGCGCCGCAUCCUGCAACAGCGUUCACCUCUGCAAACAGCUGGUCGAGAGCGGGGCCGCCAUCUUUGCCUCCACCAUCAGCGACAUUGAGACGGCCGCGGACAAAUGUGAAGAGAUGGAGGAGGGUUACAUCCAGUGCUCCCAGUUCCUCUAUGGGGUGCAGGAGAAGCUGGGAGUGAUGAACAAAGGCGUGGCCUAUGCGCUAUGGGACUACGAGGCCCAGAACAGCGACGAGCUGUCCUUCCACGAAGGGGACGCCAUCACCAUCCUGAGGCGCAAGGAUGAGAAUGAGACCGAGUGGUGGUGGGCCUGCCUCGGGGACCGGGAGGGCUACGUGCCCAAGAACCUCCUCGGGUUAUAUCCACGGAUCAAACCACGGCAGCGGACCCUCGCCUGA